AUGGAAUGUAAAAUAUGUUCCGAUAUACUAAAAUGCGAAGAGACAUUGAAAUGUGCGACUUGUUUAGGUUGUUUUCAUUAUUCUUGCGCUGGUUUAAAGGAUAAUGAUUUUAAAAAAAUACUUCCCAUGAAUAAAGCUAGAUGGAAGUGUUCAACCUGUAAACUUUUAAAGAAAGGCAGUAGUAAUAUUAGCCCUAGAUUAACUGCUGUAUCUUCUGAUAGCGUCUGCGCGAGUACUACCCAACUUCAAUCACAAUCAGCUCAUGAUAACAGUAUAAAAUCAAUGAUUGCUCAUUUUGAUGAUCGCUUCAACAGUCUGCAUUCUGCAAUGGAAUCAUUUAAAGGUUUUAUUACUGAAGAAUUUCGCAAGCUCUCUGAAACUGUCAGUUCGUGGUCUACGAAAAUUUCAUUCAUUGAGACCUCUAUUAACUCCGUUGUAGAUCGAAUAAAUGACAUGGACAGAGAAAUAUCUAAAAUAGAUAACUACCGGACUGAACUUGAACAGUUGACUCUAAAGUUUAAAGAACUAUCUGAAAAUACUAUAAGAAAUGACCAAUGGGUUCGUCGAUCUAAUAUCCAAAUAAACGGGGUACCCCAUAAAAAAGGCGAAAAUUUAUUACAAAUCGUUAAAAAUUUGGCGUCUAAAAGUGGGUUUUCAAUUAAUCUGGACACGGACAUAGACUUUGUUACCAGGGUAGCUGUAAAAAACGACACUGCCGACAGUAAACCGCGCCCAAUUAUCCUAAAAAUGCAAGCGCGUUACAAAAAAGACGAUUUUCUCGCAUCAGUGCGUAAGUUAAAAGGAUUACGGGCGUGCGAUAUUGGUUUCACUGGUGUUAUGAAUCCAAUAUAUGCUAAUGACCAUCUAUCCACAUAUAAUAAAGCUCUGCUAAAUGAAGCUAAACGUAGAUGUAAGGAGAAGAGCUACUUGUACUGCUGGGUCCGUAAUUGUACAGUUAUGGUUCGUAAAAGUGACAGCUCUCCAGUCAUACAUAUCACUUCAAACGAAUGUUUAAAAAAAAUUUCA